AGCCUCAAGGUGGGGGCUGUGUCCAGGCAGCCUCAGGCCCCGGGAGAACGAGGGGACAUGUGUGUAAGCCGUGUGUGUGGUGUUUGGGAGUGUAAAUGUGUGUGCAUGUGACUGUGUCAGACUGUGAGCACGCGGGCAGUGUCUGCGAACGUGUUUUGUGCGUGACUCUGUGUUGAGUGUUCUAGUGUGAAGGGAAGGGGCACUGAGAGCUUCAUGGCCCACGCGGUCCCGUGACCUCCCUCUAGCGCUGGGCAAAGGUCAGCAACGAACCUGGGAGGGGAAGGGCGCUCAGGAGGAGGCAGGCGAUGGAGGGAGCAGGGACAUGUUCGGGGACCAGACUGCGACCACGUUAGGUGUGAGGCUGAGAGACAGGACGCAGGAUCAAGCCUGGAAACCCCUGGUUGUUCCUCGGAGCCCAGACAGAGCUGCGGAGUGAAUUGGGGGUGAACUUCUUCCCCCCACCCCCACCCUGGGAAAGCACCUAGAGAGGACAGGACGGGCAGGGUUCUCUGGCCACCCCUGCACCUGACCUUGCCCAACCUCUCCCUGUGCCCUCUGACAGUGGUAACUCCCAGACAGGCUGGCUCAGGGCAGAGGGCAGGGCCAGCCUCGGCUCCUUUUAUAAGGAGAGCCCAGGCUGGCCCAGCCCACAGGGCGUGGUGAGGGCACUGUGCCUGGGCCUGUCCUAGGUGCCUGUGUGGGAGAGUGCCAGUGUGCCCAGAGGAGCCCCGAGGACACUGAGACAGCCAUGGGGCUGCUGACCGGGGAGGCGCUGUGGCCCCUGGCUGUGGCCACGGCCGUCUUCCUGCUCCUGGUGGACUUGAUGCACCGGCGUGUGCACUGGGCUGCGCACUACCCGCCAGGCCCCAGGCCGCUGCCAGGGCUGGGCAACCUGCUGCACGUGGACUUCCAGGACAUGCUGCACUCUGUUAACCAGCUGCGGAGCCGCUUUGGGGACGUGUUCAGCCUGCAGCUGGCCUGGACGCCCGUGGUCGUGGUCAACGGGCUGGCGGCCGUGCGCGAGGCGCUGGUGCACCGCAGCGAGGACACCGCUGACCGCCCACCCUCACCCAUCUACGAGCAUCUGGGUUUCGGGCCAGGCGCGCAAGGAGUGAUCCUCGCGCGCUACGGGCACGCGUGGCGCGAGCAGCGGCGUUUCUCCGUGUCCACCCUGCGCGACUUCGGCCUGGGCAAGAAGUCCCUGGAGCAGUGGGUGACCGAGGAGGCCACCUGUCUCUGCGCCGCCUUCGAGGACCAGGCCGGGCGCCCCUUCAGCCCCAACGCCCUCCUGAACAGAGCGGUGAGCAACGUGAUCUCCUCGCUCAUCUAUGGGCGGCGCUUCGAGUACGAGGACCCGCGCUUCCUCAAGCUGAUGGACCUGAUGGAGGAAGGGUUGAAGGAGGAGUCGGGACUCCUGCGCGAGGUGCUGGAAUCGGUCCCUGUGCUGCUGCGCAUCCCGGGGCUGGCUGCCAAGGUCUUCAAGGGGCAGAGGGCCUUCAUGGCUCUUCUGGACGAGCUGAUCGCCGAGCACAAGAUGACCCGGGACCCAGCCCAGCCCCCCCGAGACCUGACUGACGCCUUCCUGGAUGAGGUGGAGAAGGCCAAGGAGGACCCCAGGAGCAGCUUCAACAAUGAGAACCUGCGCAUGGUGGUGGCUGACCUGUUCUCUGCGGGGAUGGUGACCACUUCGACCACACUGGCCUGGGCCCUCCUGCUCAUGAUCCUGCACCCGGAUGUACAACACCGGGUCCAAAAGGAGAUCGAUGAGACAAUAGGGCAAGCGCGGCGACCAGAGAUGGUGGACCAGGCCCGAAUGCCCUUCACCAUGGCCGUGAUCCACGAGGUGCAGCGCUUUGGGGACAUCAUCCCCCUGGGCGUGCCCCACAUGACCUCUCGCGACAUUCAACUGCGGGGUUUCCUCAUCCCCAAGGGGACCACGCUCAUCACCAACCUGUCGUCAGUGCUGAAGGACGAGACCGCCUGGAAGGAGCCCUUGCGCUUCCACCCCGAGCACUUCCUGGACGCCCAGGGCCACUUCGUCAAACAGGCGGCCUUCAUGCCCUUCUCGGCAGGCCGCCGCUCAUGCCUCGGGGAGCCCCUGGCCCGCAUGGAGCUCUUCCUCUUCUUCACCUGCCUCCUGCAGCGCUUCAGCUUCUCGGUGCCCGCUGGGCAGCCCCGCCCCAGCGACCACGGGACCUAUGCCUUCCUUGUGGCCCCACCCCCCUACCAGCUCUGUGCUGUGCCCCGCUAGAGGGGCAACCACACCCCAGCUGCUCCUCAGCUGGGAGCCCUGAUGUACAAUAAACCAGCCUGGUGGCUGCAGCCU